AUGGAUGCCAAGGGCCGUUAUCCUGCAAGGAUGCGUGCUGACCUUGAGGAGCUGUGCUUGGCGGUUGGGCAAAUGCGACAGAAGCUCGUGCUAUCACAUGGCUGCCUGCAACAAGCCGCCGAGGUCGACGCAGAAGUUCGGAAGCUUCCUGUCUCGAAAGCGGCUGUGGAGGAGUUGGAGCAAGUGGUGCUGCGCUCGCAGCUCGAAGUCUCGAAGGCCGAGAAUGUGGCCGAGGAGCAGAGGAGAUCCCGCGAAGCCGAGCUAGCGGCCCUCCAGCGCUUUGCCGAAGAGACGGAGGCAGCGGCGCGCCAACUGGAGGCGGAGGCAGUUUUGGCCAAAGGUCGCCAGCUCCCGACGCCAACGACUGCGGCAGCCCCGGCACAGCGGAUGCGCGAGGAGGAGGGGGAGGAGGUGCAGAGCUAUGAGUGGCUUCGAAUGUCUCGCGAGGACGAUUCCCGGCAGGCAUUUUUGGGUCUCUGCUUCGUGGAUGACUUCGAAGCUCGGAGACGCCUGGCUCGGCUUCUGACGGCCAAGGUAAGGCGCCGGACGCCUUUCCAGGACGUGCCUUCUUCGAUCGUCGAAUGUUUGGACAUGCUUUCGCAGGCUGGUCCGUAUCGCCUUCUUUUCGAAGAGUUCCGUGAGAUCGUGGAACUGAUUGAGGAGCUGCAUGUUUCGUCGCAGCGCCGAUUCAGGCCUGAAUUGAAUGUCCAGCGGACGCCACCGCGGCAGUGGGCCCUCCCAGGGACAGAGAGUCGGAAACUGCGGCCCUUCGAGGCCGCGCUUUUCGACAGGUGUGACGGAGGUGUUCCAGCAUUUCCAGCCCAACCAGCUGAGUUCAAGAGCUUGUUGCGGACUCCUUCAGGAAAAGGGCCACGAAACGAUGCA